AUGCGAUUUCAAUUACAGACAGCGCUCUUUUUCUUCCUCGGACAUACCGUUGCCGGACAGUCUUGCCCGAAGCCCGGAGCGCCAAACCUCAACUCUCUAGGUGGUCUGCAAGUGCUGCACUAUAACAAUCUGGGGCCCCAGAACAAUGGCACGUCGGCUGUUCUCGUGUACGAUCGCCUAAGUCGGAACGAUGCUGCUGGACGAUGCGCAGGUAUUGGAGAGCGGCUUCAUUCCUGGUCAUCUACGUCUUCUGUCGAGCAGACAGAAAUCGGUUACGAGCUGGAUUAUUUGGUCUUCUCCAAUGAGCUCUCUGCUGAUGAACCAAUCUGGGUAUCCGCCGAGCCUGCCAGCGGAGAGCAGUGCCAGGCAUUGUCACCCUCAAAAAAGACGCUAUUACAAGUUGCAUGCGAUGCUGAACUUCCCUCUCUGUGCUCGUCGACUCCUCCUCCGUCAACCGAUCUUGAUCGGCGCCCGAGAGAAUACACCAAGCUUACAAUUGAGUCGCAAGGCUAUAGUCUGACCGGCUAUCGCGACGCUCGUUCUUUCCGAUUUCUGGGGAUCCCAUUCGCAGAUCCCCCAGUUGGACAACUUCGAUUGGCGCCUCCCCAAGCCUACACGGGCCCCAAAGUCAUCGAUGCCACUUCAAUGGGAUUGUCAUGCAUUCAGGCACUUUCAAGCUUCGGCAUUUUGGAUAAUGGCGGGAUAUCUGAGGAUUGCCUUUAUCUGAACGUAUACACGCCAGUUUUGCCAUCGCCGAGGGGUCAGAAUACUGCACUUCGUCCCGUCGCAGUUUACCUUUACGGUGGGGCGUACAACGAAGGGACCUCAACCAUGAUUGACUACGACGGUGGCAACUUCGCGAGUCGUAGUGACGUGAUCAUCGUCACACUCAACUACCGCGUGGGUGCAUUGGGAUCUAUCUCCACCGGUGAUCUCACGACCGGUAGUUAUGGUAUCCGCGAUCAGAUCAUGGCUUUGAAAUGGGUCCAGACCCAUAUCGCUGAUUUCGGUGGAGACCCAUCUCAUGUUACACUCUUUGGACAAUCUGCCGGUGCCCAAAGCACAGUAGGUCUGAUGUCUUCUUCAGCCGCGAAGGGUCUCUUCUCCGGUGCGCUCGUUCAAUCUGCACCGCUUGAUAUUCCGUGGUACCCUCGUGGAUUAUACUCGGAAUAUAUCACACCUGCAGUCGGCAAGGCAGUUGGAUGCGAUGAUACCAGCUCCGAGGAAACUUUCCUGAAGUGCCUUCGAUCUGUCCCUGCUGCCAAAUAUAUCAGUAACUCCACUGAAUUCGAAAGCGCUAUUACAAGCAUCACCGCGAGCAUCGCAGACCAUUACUUCCACAACACCAAGAUGCUGUCUGGUACCGAGCCAUUCAUGCCGAUGGUCGACGAUUCUGGGUCUGGCGUGAUUGAUGACCAAUUCGAUGUGCUUCUUGCCAACAACAAGCUUCCCGUCCGCGUACCGGCCAUGUUCACUAACGUGCGCAAUGAAGCAGCCCUAUUCACCGACGGCGAGAUCCCAGAUCUUGGGUCUACUCAAACCGCACUGGAUGCUGUAUUGGAAGUCGCGUUUGGCGAAAAACUGGCUAUGGAGAUGAUCUCGUCAGGUGCCUUUGAAGUCAACACCUCCGACCCAGACGGCGUCCGCAACGCUGCUUCCGCUGCCGUCACAGCCAGUGAAUGGACCUGCGCCCAGGGCUAUCUGCUCAACAAGACGCUGUCCGCUUUCCCUUCGCUCUACCAGGUGGAAAUUACCGACGGUCAUAUCCAGACCAUUGUGGAUGUACCGGCAAUUUGUUCUCCAAACAACGAUUUCAACGCGUCCUGUCACACUUCUGAUAUAUUACUUGCAUGGGGCAACCUGAACUCGAAGACCAAGAAUGUCGCUCCCUAUUACGACAAUGAGGACAUCCUACACUCGCAGCUUCUUCAUGAUAUAUUUGGCGCCUUUUUCAGAACUCGAAACCCCAAUCCCAGUCUUGAUUUCCUGAAGAUUCGCGGUCCGGCUUAUGCCUCGACGCAUGGAAUUUUCAGCGGAAGUGACCAAAUUCAAUCUUCUCAAGAUGGCGGGAACAAGGGAUAUGCAAUUGAGCAGUAUCACCCUGUGGAUCGGAAUAUGACUUUGCUGGGUAUGCCGCCGUCACAUAUGGCCAACUUCGAGGAGUCGGGCAAGUGUGCUGUCUUUAACAAAUACGGCCUCACUUUCCAGCGCGCCAAGCUUACAAACUAA